AUGAAGUACAUUGUCGUCUCGGGAGGUGUGAUCAGCGGAAUCGGGAAGGGCGUUAUCGCAUCGUCGACGGGCCUCCUUCUCAAGACUCUUGGGCUCAAGGUAACCGCCAUCAAGAUAGAUCCGUACAUGAACAUCGAUGCUGGCACCAUGCGACCGACGGAACACGGUGAGGUAUACGUUUUGAACGACGGCGGCGAGGUAGAUCUGGAUUUGGGGAACUACGAACGAUAUCUUGAUAUCACUCUUUCACGCGAUAAUAAUAUAACGACAGGCAAGAUCUAUAGAGAAGUCAUAGAAAAGGAGAGAAAAGGGGAGUACCUCGGAAAGACCGUGCAGAUUGUACCCCACGUAACGAACGCGAUUCAAGACUGGAUUGAACGGGUAUCCAAGAUACCAGUCGACGACUCUGGAGAGGAGCCAGACGUAUGCAUUGUCGAACUUGGUGGAACUGUUGGCGAUAUCGAGUCGGCCCCCUUCGUCGAAGCCAUGCGGCAAUUCCAAUUCCGCGUUGGACACAAAAACUUUGCUCUCAUUCACGUUUCGCUAGUGCCUGAGAUGCAUGGCGAACAGAAAACGAAACCUACACAGACAACAAUUCAUUCGUUGCGUGGUCUGGGUCUCCUAGCCGACCUCAUUGCAUGCCGGCUGCUUGCUUCGGAACCGCUUCUUCCCGCGACGAAGGAGAAGAUAUCGAUGUUCUGUCAUGUGGCUGCCGAACAAGUCUUCGGUGUACAUAACGUCUCUUCGGUUUAUCACGUCCCGCUUUUGUUGCAAUCCCAAGGUAUCCUGGACUACCUGCGAAAGCGGCUAGAUAUGGACAGUGUCAAUAUUACUCCCGACAUGUUACAGCAUGGCGUGUCGUUGGAGAAACGGUGGAGAGACCUGACUACAGGGCAAGAGCGGCUAUUCGAUAGUGUGCAAAUCGUCCUCGUGGGCAAGUAUACGGACCUCAAGGACUCUUACAUGUCCGUUAUCAAGGCCCUGGAACAUUCGGCAUUUCGGGUCCAUCGGAAACUCAUACUUACGUGGGUUGAAUCUUCGAAUCUUGAGCCCGAGACGCAAGAAUUGAAUCCCGCAAAAUACCAUGAUGCGUGGCGCGCGGUUGUCGGGGCAGGGGGCAUCCUUGUUCCUGGAGGUUUCGGCGAACGCGGAACUGAAGGCAUGAUGAUGGCCAUCAAGUACGCUCGAGAGCAACACAUUCCCUUCCUCGGGAUCUGUCUUGGUUUUCAAUUGGCCGUCAUAGAGUGGUCCCGUAAUGUUUUAAACAUUCCCGAGGCUACCUCGGCUGAAUUCAACAAGCAAACCAAGUUUCCCGCUGUUAUCUUUAUGCCGGAGAUUUCGACGACGCAUAUGGGUGGGACUAUGCGACUUGGUCUGCGGCCGACGGUCUUUGAACCUGGUACCGAAACCUGGUCCAAAAUCCGCAAGCUCUACGGCAGUUCGGGAAAAAUUUGGGAACGACACAGGCACAGGUAUGAAGUAAACCCGGAAUGGGUUGACAAACUUGUGUCGAGUGGUCUAGUUUUUAGCGGUAAAGACGAGAAGGGAGAACGGAUGCAGAUUUGCGAGCUUCCUGAUCAUCCUUAUUUCGUUGGACUGCAAGCGCAUCCGGAGUUUUGUUCUCGACCUCUUAACCCGUCGCCUCCGUUCCUCGGUUUUGUGGCGGCGUCGUCUGGUCGUCAUGUGCUGGUGGAGCAGUUGGCAUUCCAGCAAGCGAAUUUUAGGCCUCCUCAUCCCGAGGAGUCGAUGGUGGCUGAGGCUGCCCUUCGUCAUGGGGCCCCGGCUGUCAAUGGUGCGAACGGUGUUGCAUAG